UUGUCAGUACAGGUCACGUGAAGUUCCACAACGCGACAUGUUUUAGUUUACGUUGUUUACCAAAGCACUACACUUUGCAAUCUACAUUCUACUCUAUUUCACAGUACUUCUGCAGUCAACAUGUCGCUUAAGCGGAGAGCACAAGGUUCUAGUCCCUUGCACACAUCGAAGCGGAGGCAGAUUUUGUUUCCGUCUGUUAGUAACCCAGUUACGCCAGCAAAGGCGUCUAGUUCCGUUCAUCUGUUCCCUUCUUCGUCCUCGACACCUUUUCCGCUUUAUCCAUCCGACUCACCUUCGAACCCAUUCGGAAGAACACGUACUCUGAGCGCGUCUCUGCCUUCCAAGUCAUCAUAUGGACGGCAUCUACCACUCCGUUUCCAAUUCUUUCGGCAUGGAACGAAUCGCGACAAGGAAGGGGUUUAUCGCGUUGUGCAGGUUCCUCUAUCCUACAACUUUAAGCAUCUCCGAACCUUAAUCGCCUUUCUCUUUGGAGGUCAGCCCGGAAAAUCCACCGACGAAGAGGACGAGAGGACGGGCCACUUGUUCGAGAUACGAAAGAAAGUCGUGAUGUACUCAAAUCUGUACAAGCCUGGCACCAUCAGGAGCUCAGAGACGUCUGUUAGACUGUCGAGCUCCAGGGAUCCAUAUCGCUACAAGCAGGAAUGGGAUUAUGGUGUACAUUGGCGAGAAGAUGACGAGUUUGAUAAUGAAGACGAAGACGAAGAAGACGAGCUGUCGGAGGAGAUUGAGAACGGGCAGGCACAGGCUCGGUGGGAGGCAGAAGAGGACUAUACUUUGGGACACGUCUGGAAGCCAGCCAUCAAUGGCGAGGUUCCAGAUGAUAAAAGUGCUAUUGUAUACUUUCAUUCCUCACUUUCCGACUCUGAGUGUCCAGUGCAAGUUCAAAUCACUUUGUUCAAAGGCCCUAUUGCAUCUCGUGCAGGUGCUGGAAACACCCCCUAUGUUUUCCAAGCCCGUGGACAUGUGUAUCUUUCCCCUUUAGAAGACGACGAACUAGAUCCUGAAGAAGAUUACGCUGAAGACUUGAAGAUGGACAUCGAUAUAGAUACUUGGAACGAACCAAAGAAUGCAUUUGCCAAGUUCCUUCUUGAUUCAGUGGGUAUAUCGCCUCCGAAUUUUCAUCAGUCGCAACAAGAUUCGAGUUUAUCCUCUACGCCUAGUUUGACGCACGACUCUUCCUCGCCGACUCGGAUAUCAGACUUUCUUCCUUCAUCGCCUUACACCUCUUCAUCCCCUAUGCGACACUCCAAGAUCUCUACAUUGGCGUUCCCUACUUCGUUCACAGGAUAUACCCCUGCACCACCGCCUGCUCAGAGAAAACGUGUUGCUUAUAUUCAAAGACGGAUCGAGCGGUCAAAGCACAAGAAGCCUCCCAAACCAGUUCAUGGUUCGGAUGAAGACCACGAUUCGGACUCCAGCGAGGCUCCCGUCGCUGGACAUCAAGUGAAAAAGUUCACAGGUCCUCAGGUUAUAGGUGAACGCUACAUAACUCGGGAGCAGGUCAUGGCGAUAAUAGGUGCAGACGACAAUGUGGCAGAAGUUUAAUGGACCAUUGUGGUCAUUUUAAAAUCGAGUCGAUAACCCAACAAAAUAACCCGAAAUAAUCUAACAAGAUAACCGUUUAGAAGUGUGACUUGUAUAAUCUAAAUGCUACAACUUGACUUGCUGAUACAGUAUAUACGUUG